GGAAGUGGUAGUGUUUUGCCUCCCUGGCUCUGCUGUCCUGCCACAUGCUACAUCAAGUAGCACAGUUGAGAAUAUAUAUUUUUUUAAAUGGCGUUGCGUUAAUGCUCCCAGUUCAUCGUUCAGCAACACCUUUUAUCUAAACUGAAAUUAGUAGCACCAUGGCAGAGCAUUUCCACCUGAACACACCGCUGCUGGAGAGCACCAGCAUGUCCAGACGGGUGGGAACCACCGUCUAUUUAAAGAUGGAGAAUUCGCAGCCAUCUGGCUCCUUCAAGAUCCGCGGCAUUGGACACCUCUGCCAGCAGCUCGCCCGACAGUCCAAAGGAGUUGUCUGCUCUUCAGGUGGUAAUGCAGGUAUGGCUGCAGCCUAUGUAGCCAGAAAAAUGGGUGUACCGGCCACCAUCAUACUUCCCUCCUCUUCUCCUCAGAUGGUCAUUCAGGGUCUCCAGGACCAGGGUGCUGCAGUCAAGAUUGUAGGGAAGGUUUGGGAUGAUGCCAACGCAGAAGCUCUCAGACUGGCAGAAACUGAAGGACUCACCUACGUGCCUCCGUUUGAUCACCCCCUGCUAUGGCAGGGUCAUGCCAGUAUGAUAUCAGAGGUUGCAGCCUCUCUGGGUCCCAGUGUUAAGCCUGGAGCUGUGGUGGUGUCUGUGGGCGGAGGAGGGCUCCUGUGUGGAGUCAUUCAGGGCCUGAAGGAUGUAGGCUGGGCAGAUGUACCGAUUGUCGCCAUGGAGACAGUUGGGGCGGACUGUUUUAACGCAGCGGUUAAGGAGGGGAGGAUAGUGACUUUGGACGACAUCACCAGUGAGGCUAAAUGUCUUGGAGCAAAGACUGUUUGCAAGCAGGCUUUUGAAUACAGUCAGUGCAGUGAGCUGACGAUCAUCUCUGAGCUGGUGACUGACCAGCAGGCUCUGCACGCUGUCGAAACAUUCCUGGAUGAGGAGCGUGUGUUGGUGGAGAUGGCAUGUGGAGCAGCACUGGCAGCUGUCUACAGUGGACUUAUACGCAGAUUACAGGAUGAAGGUCGCCUGCCGACUCUCUUGGGCCCCCUGCUGGUGAUCGUGUGCGGUGGCAGCAGCGUCAACAUGGAGCAGCUGAUCAGCCUCAAGCACAAACUACAGACCUAAGCCACCGUGUGUGUGCGGGCAGGUGUGUGUGUAUGGGUACAUAGCAACAGAUAUGUUUUUAUAUGAUCAGACGAUGUUGGGCUGCCACAGCUGAAAAGUCAUUGCAUUAAUUCAGAGUAUAACAUGUGGAUGGGUGAAUGAAAGAAUGGAUGGAGUAAAGAUGGAUUCCAGGGAAUGAAAAAAUACACAAAAUGCAGGAUUUUAAUGAUGAAUGUAGAAGCAAAGGUCUUGUGUGUCUAUUUUUCUGUUGUGUUCCCUUUAACACUGCAGUGUCAUUUAGUCAGAGAAAACCAAGACAGUUUCUGCAGUUACAAAUAAUUGGAUUAGAUAUUACAUGCGCAAAUGUUUUUAACACAAGCUGGCUUGAUUGUCAUUAACCAGUUACAUGGUUUCCCCACAUGGUGGUGUCAUAGUUCACUGUUCAGAAAUACAAUGACCAUCCACAGUCUGAGUCAGAUUCAGAAGCUUGAUAUGAAGGAGAAAUGCCUCAUAUAGAGGCAUAUAGAGAUAUUUGUUGAUGUGAUUUAAUCAUGAAUUAAUUCUACUUCAGUGCAGCACUGACAGUCUGAGGCAUCACAAAACUGCCCUUACAUUUCAUAUUAACUUAAAGACACUGCAAAUAUUUCUGUAUUUGAUUUUUUCCUUUUUGUGGAAACAUUAUUUUCUCAAGGCAAUAAUAUAUUUGAAGUAAAAAAAACAACAGACUUUUAAUAGUGAAUUGUUAUGUUUCACUUUCACCUACACAUUAAAUUUAGCAGCUCAGUCAAGUUGUGGUAUGUGUAGGAUGGCAUUACUAUGGAAACAGCUCCUCGCUGUUCAGCCUGCAUCAGUGGAGAGAGAUGAGUUUAACAACCUGUUGAUGGUCUUUGCCAUUUUAAAUGGAUUAAAUUGCCAUUUUCUUUGUCAUUUUUUAAUGACAAAGUGAAGACAUAUUUUUAGAAAGUUCUACAGAUUCAUUAAAAAUCAAAUAUUGAAAUCUUUCACGUACAAA